CUAUCCCUAAUAACCCGAAAUGUGGAUAAGUCAGACUGAACUUUGGUUACGACUAUUCGUUACCUGCGCGGUAAUCAAAUUGGUGUCGUUACAGUAUGGACAUCACAAUGAAUAACCCCAAACCUUUUCUCAGUGGGAUAACUGGGAAGCAAGUUAUUGUUAAACUCAAAUGGGGGAUGGAGUAUAGGGGGUAUCUUGUCUCUGUGGAUCGAUAUAUGAACUUACAGCUUCACAGCACGGAUGAAUAUAUUGACAACUGCCAUACCGGCAGUUUGGGCGAGGUGUUGAUACGGUGUAACAACGUAUUAUAUAUCCGGGAGUGUGACGAUGACCGUUCAGAUGCUAUGUAACACACUAACUAUUCAUCAAAUGUAAAAAUGUUUUAUAUACGUUCCUCAAUAAAAAACAUCGAAUUU